GCCUGAAAGUUAAAAACCCUAAUUCUUGCUUGAAACAAUAAUGACUACCAUGUCCGAUCUUUCUCGGGAUUUGGAAGAGGAAAUUAAAUACUGUGUAGAGUUCCUAUAACUUCUCUACGAGCAGUCAGAUCUACUUGCAAACGAUGGAAUCUAUUAUCUAAAGAGCAGAGCUUUGCAAAGAAACAUUGUGGUAAAGCAGCCAAGGAAACUCUGGUGGUCAGGGUUUUUGAUUAUAGCUAGGGCUUGUUUAAUAUGCGUCAAUCUCCAUGGAAUCCAUAACCAAAAACACUUGGCAGAUCCAUUAAUAAAGCAAAUAGGUAAACUUAAUCAAGUCGAGAUAUCUAAAGUGUUUCAUUGCGAUGGCAUAUUGUUAUGCGUCACUAGGGAUUUCUCGAGCUAGGCUGGUGGUUUUGAACGCGUAUUCCGGACAAAACAGGUGGAUCCAACCCAAAAACAAAAGUUUACAUAUAUUAGCAGGUUUUCUGUCGGAUAUGACAGCAACAACAACCACAAAAUCUUGUGGGUUUCCCAUUGGUUUGACAACAAUGAGUUCCAUAUCUACGAUUUUAAGUCUAAUGUAUGGAGGUUUCUUGAUGUCACUACUAGGAAAAGAUUUCCUUGGAGGAGUGUGUCCUUGAAGGGAAAUACUUACUUUACUGCUGUGGAGAAACUCAAAGGACAGGAAGAGGUAAAAGAAUAUAGUUUAUUCUGUUUCGAUUUUACAAGAGAGAGAUUUGGAGGUCGCCUUCCUCUGCCAUUUCACUCUGGUACCCAUGGUUCUGUAAUUCUAUCUACUGUUCGAGAAGAUAAGCUUGCAGUGUUAUUUAAUAAGUUUGAUGUAGAUGAGACGAAAAUAUGGGUUACAACAAAGAUUGAGCCCAAUGCAGUGACGUGGAGCUACUUCUUAAAACUUGAUAGGAAAGUGUUCAGUGGAAGAAGAAAUGUAUUCGAACAAAAUUUCUUCGUGGACGAGAAGAAUAAAGUGAUUUUUUUAUAUAGACACAGAAAAGAGGCCCAACUACAAAGCUUACAUUAUUAAAGAGGAUGGAUACUACAGAGAAGUUGAUCUCAGAGAAUCUAGACAUGUGAUACGUAGUAUGUGCUCUUAUGUUCCAAGUUCGAUGCAAAUCCAGUAAGGUCCAGUACAAUUACCUCUGCAUGAGAAGAAAGAAGGUGAUUUUAUAGUCUAGUUAUAUAGUUUACAAAUUAAAUACCUUUUCUUUCGUCAAUUGUUCUCAUGUCCUUUUGAACAAUACUGGUCAUUAUUCUAUAUUUAGUCGACAGGUUUUGCUGAUCAUAAACUUAAUUGAAUAUUUAUUUAUGGAUCAAUGAACUUUUUUGAGUUUUCAUGGUUCUUCUCCAGAAUCUCGUAUUUGUAUUUGUGAUCUUGAAAAUUGCAUCUAUCCUCUUCAUGCAUGUCCUCUUGUGAUUCUUCUGUUAAAGCCAAAUCCCUCUUACAUUUCUUAGCUUUUGCUGCUUUGCAUACAUUUCUUGUUAAAGCCAAAUCCCUCUUCCAGAUAACUUUUUGCUUAAGGAAGACUGACUCGAGACUUCCAUUAUUUAACUAAUUUAGCAGUAACAAUUUUCCUGAUUGUUUUGUUUAAACGUAUCAAAAAAUUCGUUAGGAUUAGAAAGUCUCGUAUUUAUCUUUGCAAUUUAAAAAAAAAACAAAUUACGAUAAAGUUAGAAACAACACUGGAAAAGAAUAUUUUGAAGCCGAAGAUUCUCUAUCACAUAUAAUUCUGACCUAACUUAUUUGUUCAUAUAAAGACUAGUGGGCGAACGUGUUUUCGACAUGAAAAAAUGACGACGAUGUCCAAUCUUUCGCGUGAUUUGGUAGAAGAGAUACACUCUAGGGUUCCAAUAACUUCUCAAAGGGCAGUGAGAUCCACUUGCAAACGAUGGAACGUUUUAUCCAAAGAUCAGAACUAUACAAAGCACCUUGGUCCAGCGUCCAAAGAGAUUAUGCUGAUCAUGAUCCGUGGUUGUAGGGCUCACUUAAUGAGCGUCAAUCUCCAUGGAGUCCAUAACCACAAAUACUUGGUAGAUACAUCUAUAAAGGAAUUAGGUAAACUUAAUCAGGUCGAGAUAUUUGAAGUGCUUCAUUGUGAUGGUUUAUUGUUAUGCGUCACUAAGGAUUACUCGAGGCUCGUGGUUUGGAACCCGUACUCAGGACAAAACAGGUGGAUCCAACCCAAAAGCAACAAUUUCCAUACAUUAGACAGGUUUGCUAUUGGAUACGAUAUCAAUAACAACCAAAAGGUCAAAGUAUUGAGGUUUUACUAUUGGAGUGACUACGUUGAGUAUGAAAUAUUUGAUUUUAAGUCUAACUCAUGGACGGUUCUUGAUGUCACUACCGACUGGAAAAUACAUCGUCGGGGUGUGUCCUUGAAGGGGAACACUUACUUUAUUGCUCAUGAAAGAUUUAAAGUGGAUCAAGAGGGAGAAUUUUUACGCAGUUUUGAUUUUACAAGAGAGAGAUUUGGACCGCUUCAUCCUCUGCCAUUUCACUCUUGUCUUGAUGAUUCUGUAAUUCUAUCUACUCUUCGAGAAGAGAAGCUUGCUGUGUUAUUUAAGAGGUGUGAUGCAUGUGAUAUGAAAAUAUGGAUUACAACUAAGAUUGAUGCCAAUACAGUGUCAUGGAGCAACUUCUUAAAAGUUGAUAUGCAACUAUACGCUGAAAGAUUUCGGUCUCCAUGUAGGAGUUUCUUGGUCGACGAGAAGAAGAUAGUAGCAGUGAUUUUUGAUAUAGAUAGAAAAACGUGGACCAACUACAAACCUUUCAUGGUUGGAGAGGAUGGAUACCAAGGAGAAGUGGAUCUCAGAGACUCUGAACUCUGGAUGCUUAUGUGCUCUUAUGUUCCAAGUUCGGUGAAGAUCCAGUAAGGUCCAGUACCUGCACGAGGUAAAAGAAAAGGAGGAUAAUUAUUAGUCCCUUCUACGAUUUACAAUACCUUUUUCAUUCGUUUUCGUUUUUCUGAUUAGAAACUAAACUUGAGUAUUUACGGAUUUCCUUGUGAGUUUAAUCAACUUGGGUUAUUUGGUUAUUUGGUGUGCUUGUUCAUAGAGGAAGCUUUAUGUGACAUUAUGACAUAUAGCUCUACUGACUUUCUUCACUAGGAUGAUAACUUUACCAGUUAAAAAUUAAUUUACAAAUUUCUUCACUAGGAUGAUAACGGUGAAAUUAUUAGGGUAAGUAAUCAUGAUUUUGAGUCGUGGUUUCAAUCCCAUCAGUUGGUAAAAUCGUGAGCUUACUGGAUUUAUCAUUUCCUUGGGAGCUUGAUUACCUGAUCUAUUUAAUGAACUUAAACCCAUUCGGGGUUUCUCCUUCUGGACUUUCUCCAUGCACUUGUGAUGUUGAGAAUUUCUUGUAUUUCAUUAUACUCUCUGCCAAGCCAUACAAACAAAAAACAGAACAAACUAUUAAAAAA